GGGAAUCCAAGUUUAUCACGUGGCACCAUUAUUGAAAUUAUACCGAAUUACCAGGCCAUUUGUAUAACACAUCCUUCCAUUUUACCCAUUUGCUGCUAACAUGUUAACAAGAAGGUUUACUUACUGCUCCUCUGUUAACAAGGUCCACUGGCUCACAACUCAUCAAAAUCUUCGCUGAGCAAUUCCAACCCUUUUUCUUCAACCUUAAGGUAACAAUAAACCCUAACUCUUGCCCUAAUUUGUUCUCUCCCUAUGUAAAUUUUUGGGUUUUCGUGGUGGAUAUCCACAUUUUUGGCCUUUACUUUUUUUGGCAAGAAAACCCAUAUUUGUCUGGACCUUUGAAGCUAGGGUUUCGUUGUUUGGGGAAUGAAAGAUGGAUACAACAGUGGUCCUGCUGAUUUGAAAGCUCAGAGUUCGAUGUUUCCUUAUUUAGAAAGUUCACAGUUUGUCGCCCCUCUUAAUAGAACAGUCUAGGGUUUCGCUCCAGUGGAGGCCUCAGCUCUGUGUUAUUUGAUUAAUUGCAUUCAGUCGAAAAGGUUGGCGCUUGGAUGGAGCUCUUUCCGAUGGAUUGAACUGGAUUUCAUGGAGAAUGAUUCAAUUAGUUACAUGGGUGCUUUGAAUCUGUGUAAUUUUAUUGCGGCUUGUUUUGUUUCUAUUUAUGGAAGGGCAGGGGCCCUUUGUUCGAGCUAUUUAUUCAGUUCAAGCUGUUUAAUCGGUUUGGGUGAGAGAAAUAGCUUUUGUCAUGUUUGAAUAUGUAACCAAAGUCAAAGAACUACCAUGGUUUCUCAAAUUCUUGUAGGUGCAAAGAGUCUUUGGGGUUCUGGAAAGCUGGGUUUAGAAAAUUCGUGGUCUUGUGUACAGAAUCUAGGGGUUUCUUUCAAUUAAAACAACUCACAGUGUCUAAUACUUCGUAUCAUAAUGGUAAGGAUUUGCGGAUGCAACAGUUUUGUGUUUGGGUUAUGGGAUUCCUUUUUGUAUACCAAAUUGUGGGGUUUCCUCUUUUGAGUGCAUAAGGAAUGCUUUUUUUUUGUAGAGGUAGAAGUUGUAGGCUUAGUAAUUAGCUUACUGUUGUGAACGGUAGUUGAAAGGAAGCUUGAGUGAGAAAAAUGGACCACCUAUUUGUUCAUAGGGCGCCAGGGACUGGUCCUUGGUGUUCUUCUCAAGGUGUCCCUUCUGUACCAGACAAUAUGGGAGUCGAAGACUCGUUCAGUUUUUCUGAAAUCAUGGAUUUUGAUAGCUAUGUUGAGCCUUCUGUGGCUGGAGAUCAAGUUUCUCCAGUAUAUGGGUUUAACAAUUCGUACCCAAUUGGUGAUGUACCUACUUAUUAUGCACCUGUUUCUUCAAACCCAAAUAGCAAUCCUGCAACUGGUAACUCUCUCGUCGGGUUUGGUGUUCCUUUGGAAUAUAGAGAUCCGGUUACAAAUCCAACUGCUAGUUUUUAUCCUCGUCCUUUUUCGCCUGAAGAGGAAGUGAUAGCUGGAGCUCCGUAUUUUAAAACUAAUACUAAGAGUGAUGCAUAUGAUAGGAAGAAUACUUAUCAAUACGUCUAUAAAUCACCUGUCGAUCCCACUAAGGCCUCAUGUUAUAGACCAUCCGUUAGGCAAGAAGGAGAUAAUGGUUCCAACUGUGGUUCUUUCGUGGGUCAGAGUGAGCAUGAGGAAAUUUUGAAAAGAAAUAUCAAUACAAAAGAGUGGAUGGUAAAGCAAAUGGAUAGUCGUCAAAAUUUCACCAUUCCGAGAUCCCCAGGAUUAAUCCUCUCAGAGAAAUUGCUCAAGGCUCUGUCUCUUUUUAGGGGCUACUGUGGUGGGAACAUUCUUGCACAAGUUUGGAUGCCUGUUAGGCAAGGGGACCAAUAUGUUCUUACUACUUGUGAGCAACCUUACUUGCUAGACCAGAUUCUUGCAGGUUAUAGAGAAGUUUCAAGGGGUUUUUUCUUUUCGGCUAAGGGAACAGAAGGUGCAUUUCCUGGGCUCCCAGGCCGAGUGUUUAUAUCUGGAUUGCCUGAGUGGACUCCUGAUGUGAGUUAUUACAAAAGAGCUGAGUAUCUGCGAGCUGACCAUGCUCGAAGAAAUGAGGUUCAUGGGUCCCUUGCUUUGCCUGUAUUUGAGCCUCAUGACUCAUCGUGCUUGGCAGUGUUGGAACUCGUCACGACAAAGAAGAAGGCAAGUUUUGGUGAGGAGAUGGAGAACAUUUGCCAUGCACUUCAGGCAGUGAACUUAAGAAGUAGAGAAGCUAAAGUUCACUUCCAGAUUAUUUCAGAGAACCGAAAAGCUGCCUUAGCUGAGAUAUUGGAUCUCUUGAGAGCAGUUUGUCAUGCUCAUAAGUUGCCAUUAGCUCAGACUUGGACCCCAUGUAAGCAAAAAUUUAUGCCAAGACUAGAAGAUGGUGAAACUCUUGAAAAGGUUCUCCUAUCCAUAGAGAAAUCUGCAUGCUAUGCAAAUGAUCCUCAGCUAGAUGGUUUCAUGGAUGCUUGUGCUGAGAACCACCUUGAGAAAGGGCGGGGAAUUGUUGGAAAAGCCCUUCAGUCCAAUAAACCAUUUUUCUCAAAGGAUGUGAAGGAGUACGAUAUAUUAGAGUAUCCACUUGCUCAUCAUGCUCGCCGUUUUGCUCUUUGUGCUGCUGUGGCAAUCAGGUUAAGAAGUUCUCACACUAGUGAUGAUGACUAUGUAUUAGAGUUCUUUUUGCCCUUGAACUGUACUGGGAGUUUAGAACAACAGCUUGUGUUAAAUAACCUUUCAAGCACCAUCCAGAGAAUAUGUCGGAGCUUGAGGACAGUGUCUGAAGCAGAGUUGGCUGAAUGCAAUACCGUUGGUGUUUUUGGGAAGGAUGAACGUAAGAGUUCUUCUUUGAUGGGUAUGCAUGGAAAAUGCUCCGAUCCACCUUUAUCAAAAGCUAUGGGGAUUCAGAAUCCUGUGUUGGACAAAGUGGAAGGAGAUGUGGAUCAUGAACAGACCACAACUGACUCAAAAAGACAGUUCGAGAGAAAGCGUAACACUGCAGAAAGGAACAUUAGUUUGAGUGUACUUCAACAAUACUUUUCUGGAAGCCUGAAGGAUGCUGCGAAAAGCAUCGGAGUAUGCCCAACCACAUUGAAAAGAAUAUGUAGACAACAUGGAAUAUCAAGAUGGCCUUCUCGCAAAAUCAACAAAGUGAACCGCUCUCUGAGAAAGCUUCAAAUUGUGAUCGACUCUGUUCAGGGAGCUGAAGGUUCUUUAAAAUUCGAUGUCCUCACUGGAGGAUUUGUAACAGGCGCUUCCAAAUUACAUGAUGGUGAUAACCAAAUUCCAUUUUCCACUUCUCCAAAAAGCUCACCCAUUGUGCUCCUAAAUGUAACCCCGAAGAAAAAAGUCAGAGAGGAAGCCGCUUCUUCUAUUGAGGAGAUACGAAAGUCAGAAAUCAAUUUUCAAUCUUUGCAUUCAAACAAAACAGAAUUGUCAGGGACCCCAAGUCUUCCUAUGGCAUUCAAGAUUGAGAAAGACCCAGUUAGUGUUUCGCCAAUUGGAGUUAUCGAUGAGCCAAAAGCUGCUACUUCCUUUUGUUCUGGCCUUGAACAAAUGCCUUGGGCUUUCUCUCAGACUAAUCUGAGAAGUUCCUUUGUAGGUAGAGAAACGUGUGAGAGAAUGGACACUAAUAAAGACCAUAUGAGCAUAGAGAGCUCUGAAUGCCUCAUUAGAACAAGGAGCUCAAGCUCUUUGGCUGCAGUCGAUGAAUUGGAGAAUGGGGUUUAUGCCAUGGAUGGGAUGGUGGAAAACAACCAGCCCUCCUCAUCAGGGAUGACUGAUUCCUCAAAUAGCUCUGGUUCAAUGAUAAAUGGCAGUGCGACUAGCUCCCCCACUAUGCCAGUUAGUUGCAAAAGCAAAGUGUAUCUGAGAGACGGCAGUUCCAGAGUUACGGUGAAGGCAACGUAUAAAGACGAUGUUGUGAGGUUCAAAUUUCUACCGUGUUUGGGCUAUUUUCAGUUGUUUGAGGAAGUCGGCAGGAGGUUCAAGUUAUCUAUAGGAACAUUUCAGCUCAAGUAUUUGGAUGAUGAAGAAGAGUGGGUGCUUUUGAUGAAUGAUUCAGAUUUGAAUGAGUGCCUUGAGAUAUUGGAGUCUUAUGGAGCUCAUAGUGUAAAGCUUAUGGUAAGGGAUUUGCCUUGUGUCAUGGGGAGCUCGGAGGGUAGUACAUGUGCCCCUCUUGGAUGAUCUACUUGGGAGUUUUGAGGUUGGCUUUUAGGAGGAAUCUCCGAGUUCUUUUCAUGAGAGGGGGGAAGAGUGUUGUACUCGAAGGAGGGAGGGAGAGAGUCUUUGAAUGGGGCGAGAUGCCCCUUAGCAUGUGGCGUCUAUACUUGUAUAAAUAUGUAUUUGUAAAGAAUGUUCGGUCUGGUUAAUGCACACCUUUCUAUAGCCAUGUAUAAUGAUGUAUAGAGGUGAUUUUUAAUAUAGGAAAUGGUUUCUCUUAA